AUGACCAUCGGCAGAGUUUUAAAUUUUCAUGAAGGAUUUUACAAAUGCAGCAUUUCAGGAGCUGGAGAGUCACCAGUGAGCUGGCUGAAUGUCACAGGUAGUUCCAAAAAGGAAAGCCAUCCUGCCACACCUUGGAUUAUUGUCACUGUUUUAUUGGGUGUUGUGUUGGUGGUGGGGGCACUGCGUCACUUUGGGAAAGAUUACUGGGACAGAGCACUGCUCUAUCUGUCAACUAAGGUGCGUACUUCAGAUUCAACAGAGCGUCAAACAGAGGCCAGUGCACCUAAUGCAAGCAGAGCAACAUACGCUACUGUAAAUAAAAACAGGAAAAAAACAGAUGAAGAUGGAUUGUCUUCUGGACCCUGUUACUACCUCGUAGAACAGGAGUACGCUGAAGUAAAUGAAGAACCAGAAAAGUCCACUGCAAGAAGAACUUCGUCACAUGUCUAUCAACUUGUGGCAGAUGACACUUUUUAUUCUGUAUUACAAGAGGCCAUGGUUAUGGAUACACCAGUAAGAUUGUACUUUGCAAAAAGAAAUUGCCUGGAACAGGAAAAACUGAGAAACUGCUGCAAAUCCAGUCCACCACCCAUGAUCCUGCUGCUCAUCAGAAGGACCAGAAGCAAAUAGGCGGCAGUUCAGAGAAGGCCAGCCUGUUUCACUACUGAUCAUCUUAGAGUGGUGAUAAGCCAUUAUCCUGAUCAUCUGAUUGUUAUGAUGUCUGUGUUAUAUUGUAGAUGCCCUGUAAAGUGGCCUAACCCUACAUGGGCUAAGGUUAUGCAAGGCCUAAUGUAUUUAUUUUAUAUUUUGUGAAAUGAUAACUAAAACAACUCUGGUCUUUCAGGAAACAUUUGUAUUUUCUGUCUGGCUCAAAUGGCAAUGAAGU